GAGUCAAGUCCACAUUUCCCCACUUGUUUACUCGAAGGCGGCCGGCUGAAGUUUCCUUUGCCUUUCGGGUCUCAACGUAGACCCUAGCUGCCCUGUUAUACACGUUUCAAGCUUUAUAUAUAUAGGAAUUCUGAAGAUCAACAAACAAUUGCUAUCUUUUCUCAUUGUUAAGAGAUAUGGAUGCUUUCAUCUUCCUCGUUCUCUUCUCUUCCACCUUCCUGACCACCGAGGCUGUGAAGCAGUACUGUGGCCAUGGCGCUCCCAAGAUUCAGUUUCCUUUCCAUAUAAAAGGCGGGCAGCUGCAAAACUCCGGUCCCGAUCACCUUGCUGGUUUUGAGGUUGUCUGCAAAGACAACACAACAAUAACUCACUUUCCAUCUUACGGGGACUUGGUUGUCAGGUCCAUCUCUUACGACGACAAAAGACUCAAUCUUCUCGACCCCAAAAACUGCGUCCACGAAGUGUUCCUCAACCUCGAUCUCUCUCUUACGCCUUUUCGUUAUUUCUACGGUGUCAAGAACUACACGUACCUCAAUUGCUCGUCUGGGCUUCCUUCUUCUUUCCCCGAGGUCCCUUGCCUGAGUGGCUCCGGCUAUCAUGUCUACACUGUAGAACCUUCUAUGGCUUUGCCGGAUUCUUGCCGGCGAGUGAAGACUGUGGCGAUUCCGUUUCAAUACAGUCCAUACGUCUCCGACAAUACCUUUGGUCUUGGAUUGUCUUGGGACGUCCGUCCAGCUGGAUCCAAAGAUUCCGGAUUCAAGUACAAAACAGGAUGUUCCAACAACGUAGUAUCAGAUAAAGUAUUGAGCAUCAGCAUCUUCUUUUUGGCGAUGGUAGUGAUUGCCGCGAUAGUUACAAUGAAGUAUAAUUCUAAGAAAAUAUGCUUCUCUCAAGAUGAAGAAAAACAUCUAAUUGAAGCUCAAAAAUAAUUGGAGACGUGAUUUUGCUUCUAUUUUUCUAAAGGCUCCUCUGUAGUCAGGGAGGGAAUCAGAAGAUAUUAUGGGUACAAAAAUUUAAUAUGUAUUGGAAUGUGAAAAGGAAAACUAGCUACUUAACAUUGUCUA